AUGGAGAAGCUACCCAUGAUUCUACUGCUUUGCUCAAUGGUUAUUGCCACGCCGGUGGUUCGCGGCGUUGUUGAAGGGCCAAAAGUAGUGGAAGAGUGGUUCGAAAAGCUCAGCCAUGUAAAGGAAAAGGUGGCCAAGCUUUGUUUCUACUUCCAUGAGAACCUUGGCAAGAGCCAAACCUUCAUGCCGGUGGCCCAAUCCAACAUAACCUAUACAUCACCUAACUUCUUCGGCUUGGUUGUUGUGAUGGAUGACCCAUUAACGGUCGGUCCCGAAAUAUCUUCCAAGCUCGUGGGCCGAUGCCAGGGCCUUUAUGGUUCAACAUCUCAAAUUGAAAUGGGCUACCUCAUGGUUAUGAACUUUGUCUUCGUAGAUGGAGAAUUCAAUGGUAGUAGUCUCGCUGUUAUGGGCCACAACCCAUUAAAGCAUAUCUACCAUGAGGUGUCCAUCGUUGGUGGGUCUGGCAUUUUUCGUUUGGCAUGUGGAGUUCUUACAUCGUGGUCAAUGUUGUAG